UAAUUGCACGCGACUACUUAUCAUUGCACAGUGUAUAAUGCAAUAUAAUGUGUAUAUGAUCUAAAAAAUUGAAAAGGACUUACGAUAUCUUACAAAAAUGCAUGAUGUUUAUAUUUUGAUUCUAACUUUUUCAAUAUGCUUCGAAAUAUCUGAUAGCUUCUUUGCCAGAACAGUUCGAGAUGGAAACGGGAGGACGAGAACACACUUAGAUAUAACUGCUGCUGGAAUAUUUAGAGCAAUUGACAAGUAUAUCAAAUCAAACAAAGGACCUGAAUUUGGAUCUAUUGAAGAUUUCUUUAAAAAUGAUCCCAAUGGCAAGGAUACAAUGACGAAAAGAGUAUUCGCAUUGAGAAAAGCAGUUGUUAAUACACAGGAGAACAGGAAGGAUACAGCUUAUAUUCACUGUCACGCCGAUCAAAUCGAUCUCGCACAUAACUUCGUGAAAUCUUGUAAACAGAAAUUGAAUGCACGAAAGAAUGACGCCAACGAGUUUAUCACACAGCUUGGAGAAUGCCUGUAUACUAUACAAUCAUUCUAUAGUAAUACUAAUUGGGUGGAAAUGUAUGGCGAAAAAGUGUAUAAAGAUUUUGGAAUAAAUGCUUUAAUGGAUGUAGCGGCAUUGGAAGAAGACACCUGUAAAGAUAAUGCGAAUUACAAUUCCGAAUGUAAGAACAACAUCAUCGUGAACGGUAAACUGACCAGUGGAUACCAUCACGGAAGAGGCAAUACAAAACCUGCAAAAGCAAUAGGUUCACCAACUGGUAAAUGUAGUCAUGGAGGUCCAGACGAUGACAGCAGAAAGCUUGUAGCCAGAUGUGGCAUCAAUAAGGAUUCAGUAACUCCUGAGUGGUCACCACAUUCUCAUUUACACGAACAAGCAUAUAUAGCCGCUGUCCAGGCUACGGAGAACUUCCUUGUAGCUAAUGGAACUGGAGUGUUACAGACAAUUGGACCAAAAUUAUUCGAAGCUAUAUUUCAUGUUAAAAGACGGAAGGACAUGACUCUAGCUAUGGCAAUAGACUAUACUAGUUCUAUGGCAGACGAUAUUGAUGCUGUCAAAACAUAUGUGUUAAAACUGUUAACAAAUACUGUAGGAUCUGACAAUGAACCUGCUGAUUAUGUUCUAUCUUUGUUUCAUGAUCCAGUAACCUGGAAUGUUGCCUUUACGUACACUGAUGGAUAUGCCAUGAUUAACAAAGUUCAAACACUCGAGACAGAACAUGGAAAUAAUCGAGACUGUCCGGAAUACGCAUCAGCAGGAAUAUUAGCAGCAAUAGCACGGAUGAGAGAUGACUCGCCCCUGUUUGUAUUCACGGAUGCAGAUUCAAAAGAUGCUGAUCGCAUUCAAGAAGUCAUUGAUGCAGCCAAAGCAAAGAACAUAGCAGUGUCAUCAUUAAUAACCAGUCAGUGUACUCGCAAAAAACGAUCAACAUUAGGUCGGCCUGAACGGUCUGUAUCUUCGUUGUCAUUUUUCCAACAAAUAGCUCAAGCAACGGGUGGAAAUGUCCACGAAACAGACAAAGAAAACAUUGGCAACGUCCUAGAAACUGUAAUAGGGGAAAUGUUUCCUUCUUCUGAAAUAAUAAUAGACUCGUUUGACUGGCCUGUCACUGAAACUAUUGAAAAGAACAUUACCAUUGAUAGUACGAUCACAGUGCUGAAGAUAAGUGUUACUGGGCCAUCUGCAGAAACAGAUGUAGAUAUAUAUUAUGCCAAUGGUACAUUGGAGACAUACACAUCUGGAAAGUCAACACGAAUAUAUACAUCAUCAGGCGAAGCCAUUUUAUCUAUCCAGCAACCUCCCGGUGGUAUCAUGAACCUAAGAAAGAAUGUAAAUAAUGAUUGGACAGUAAAUAUUACAGCACAGAGCUCUAUCAAGGUGGACGGUGAACUAUUGGAACAAUCAGAUACUGGUGAAAUGGUAUCCCUGAAAGGCAGUCCAAUUUCGGGUAACAACUAUACUGUUGAGUUGUCCAUGUAUAACUUAGGAUCAAGUGGCACAUGUCACAAAAUUGAAUUGACUGGUAAUGCCGGAAAUGUUAUAUCGUCACACGAGACUUCACAGAUGGGACGGGAUGUCGAUACUUUGUGUGCUGCAACUUUCAAAAUGCCAAAUGCUAAAUUCCAAGUUAAACUAUAUGGGAAAGAUGAUAGUGGCAUAUCAUUCACAAGGAAACUCUCGGAAUUUCACAAACCUACUAGCGUUGCACUAGCUAUUAAAGCCUCAACUGAUGACGUCGUCCUUGGAAAGGAAAGGCUUAUUGGCUAUGAGGUUAUAAAUCGAGGUACUGUGACAGAGACAUACCAAGUGUCAAUAUCAGACGACCAUUCAUUUGUCCACGGAGCCACAUCAGAAGAUUAUACACUGCUACCUGGGGAUAGUGCUAAUGGAACCUUUGCUGUUAAUCCUACUACACCCUCUGUUAUAUUCUCAUAUACAAUAUCAGUUUUAAGUGGGUCAUCUGGAAAGAUUCAACAGAGUAUAACCAAGAAACUUGUGGUAACAGAUGUUGAGAGACCUGAUUGUACUGUUGUACAUACGGACGGAGUAUGUGGUAUAUCCUCCCUAAAUACAGCUAAUUGUUCGUUGUAUCCAUGGACUGCUUUAGCUGAAGUGACAUUUUCCGGGACACUGUUAGAAAGUAUAUCAUCAACGGUUGGAAUAUCAGUUAAAUUGUCUCAUGUUAAUAUAACGGGAUUAUCAACUGGACCAAUAACUGUUAACAUCAGUGGUGACUGUUGCACGCCAUCUUUAUCAAUAAAUGUGAUCGAUGUUGAUGGUUUUAUAUCACAAUGUGAUCUAUCUUUUGGUGAUGGACAGUCAGUUCAGUCAGUAGAAGUGGUGUCAGAACCGUCCGAGUCAUCGGAAACAGAUGUCUCCGCAAUCAUAAUUAUAAUAACAGUUUGUGUAACAGUUGUUAUCAUUUUGGUAAUAAGUGCAUUUGUUUUGCGCAUGCACCAAACUAAGUCGAAAGAUGCAUUAUACAGAUCAAAAGCAAUCCCAGAUACUACUAGGAAAGAAAAAUUCAACGCUAGAAUGAUAUAUGAAAAACAAGGAUUAUCUCAUUGAACAAUGAUUGGAAAAUUGCUUAUCGUAUAUAAGUUCACAUAAACAUUAAAAAGCGAUAAUGUUAAAUGUCAAUUUUAAUUUUAUGUAUCUCUCAAUAAAUGAACAGCAAUAGCAUUGAACUACCAGCCCAGUGGUCAACAUUUUGGUGUUGAUAUGAAUAUCAAUAAUUAUAAAUUUCCUGUUUACAAAACUUUGAUUUUUUUUGAAAAACUAAGGAUUUUCUUAUCCCAGGCAUAGAUUACAUUAGCCGUAUUUGGCAAAACUUUUUUGAAUUUUUGAUCUUCAAUGCACUUCAACUUUGUAAUUGUCUGGCUUUAUAAAUAUUUUGAUAUGAGCGUCACUGAUGAGUCUUGUGUAGACGAAACGCGCGUCUGGCGUACUAAAUUAUAAUCCUGGUACCUUUGAUAACUAUUACCACAUUACAGUCAUUUGCUGGGAUUUCAAAAUAUUUUUAUUUUAAUUUACAAGAGCAUUAGCGUUGAUUGAAAUAUAUCUUUUGACUACAGUUGGUAAAAGCAAUUUAGGUAUUAAUUCCCUUAGGUUGUCUGUACCCCUUUGAGUCUAAAAUGCAUUUGUAAGAGUAAACAAUAUAGGAAAGGUGAACUGACAUAAUCGUCGUCUCGUCGUCUUAAAUCUACAUAAACUGUGAUAUUGUAUUGUGCCAAAUUAAUUUUACAUAUUUAUUC